UGGCAGCUCUUAAGAGAGAUGGAAUAUGGUGUAUCGUCCAAUGCUCCUAGUUAGAAGCGUCUUCUAGGUCUGGUAGAGCCAGUGUACCACUGCGCUAGGGUUUUCGUGCUCGCGCUCUGGAGCGUGGCGCUGCGCCUACGGCCGUAGCCGCAGCUCAGAUCGAGGAGCAGCUGCCAUGCGGAGCCCAGCGCCGAGGCUGAUUCGCCGGGCAAUCGCGUGGAUUCACCGGUUUUGCUUGCUGGAUGACACUUGAGGGGGAAAUUUCAUGCCGCGGUAAGCCAUGGAGGUGGAUGGGAGUGAGAAUGGGUGCGACGCCAAUGAGGCUAUGGAUUGGGCGCCCCAUCAGCAGCAUAGGAAUACCAAGCAGGAAGUUCUUACUGAGAUUCUCCAGCGUCUCGUAGAGGAGGGUCACGAGGAAGCCAGUGAGCCGGGCUUCGCUGAUGAGCUGCGUGCUCACUUUGCUCGUCUCCCUACCAGGUAUGCUUCAGAUGUGAGGAAAGACAGGGCCCAAGUCGUGCUCAUUCAUAAGAAAAUGUUGGAGGAAGCUGAAAAUCCAAAGAAUUUGCCUGUUCUAUAUGUCCGAGCUGUGUCUGUCGAGAGGCCUGAUGCGAGCUCCAUGAAUUCUUCUCCAGCUGAUUCGCCAUCAUAUUCGCCGUCUUCUAAGGCAGAUUCUCACUCUCCUCCUGCCUUUGAAGGAAGACUUUUCACCCCGACGAGCAGCAUGUGUUCCACUCCAAGGAUAGGAGACAUGCAAAUGCACGAAGUGACAUUUUCUACUGUUGAUAAACCAAAACUUCUUAGCAAGCUCUCCACGAUACUUGCAGACGUAAACCUGCAUGUAUGGGAGGCUCACAUAUUUUCUACAAUUGAUGGUUACUCUCUUGACGUUUUUGUAGUAUAUGGCUGGCAUACCGAGAAUAUCAAGGAUUUAGAACAAGCACUAAGAAACUCCGUCGCCUGUAUGGAGGAAGGGGUGUGGCUGCGAAGCUCGCCAUCGACAUCGCCAUCUGUAUCACCAUCGUCUUCACCCGACUCAAUUAUUGCACCGCAAGCGGGAACUAAUGGGUGGAAAAUACCUUUGGACGCUCCUGAUGAUUGGGAAAUAGAUUCCAGCCAGUUGAAGCGCAUUAAGAAAAUUCUCCCUUCUUCAAACGGUGACAUAUACCGAGGUACAUUUUGUGGCCAAGACGUUGCAAUCAAGGUUAUCAAGCCAGAAACUUGGACCGAGCAUUUGCAAGAGUUUGUCCACGAGAUUGCUAUCAUGCGGAAAGUCAGACACAAGAACAUCGUACAGUUUAUUGGUGCAUGCACAACACCUCCAGAUCUAUGUAUAGUGACGGAAUAUAUGUCCGGCGGGACUGUGCAUGACUAUUUACAGAAACAAAAAGGCAAUCUUCACCUCUAUGUUUUGCUGAGAAUUGCCUUAGACAUUGCGAAGGGCAUGGACUAUUUGCAUCAGAACAACAUCAUUCAUAGAGAUCUUAAAGCGUCCAGUUUACUCAUGGAUGAGAAUGGGGUUGUCAAAGUAGCAGACUUUGGUGUCGCUCGUAUUCAAGAUCAAGAUGGAAUAAUGACGGCUGAAACAGGAACGUAUCGAUGGAUGGCUCCGGAGGUACUUGGACACAGUCAUUACGAUCAGAAGGCGGAUGUGUUUAGCUUUGGCGUGCUGCUGUGGGAAUUGCUAACAAAGAAGGUGUGUCCUUUUCCUUUAAAGCGUAGCGUGCAUAAAAGAUGGUUAUCACUGCUGCAGGUUCCCUACGAGCUAAUGACACCAUUUCAGGUUGCUGUCGGAGUACUUCAGGAGGAACUAAGACCAACGAUCCCUCAAGAUGCCCAUCCAAAGUUCUCUCAGCUACUUGAGUGGUGCUGGCGAACAAAUCCUGCUGACAGGCCUGACUUUUCCGAAAUCACGUUGGUCCUAAAGGACAUUAUGUCGGAGAUUGAAGAAUCCUCUCCGAGAGAGAGAAGCAAACAACCACAAGCGCUUGGAUUCUUCUCGUUGAAGCGCGGUUCCAAAGUUUUGUAGCAUCUUUCUUAUUGACGCCCCUUGCCUAGGUGGAAGAUUGGUGUGGCCGGUACUAGCCUUCGUCUUGGGGUACCUAGCACGUACGUUCUCUUCCUGGUUUCUUGUAGAUAUUAACGCUGAGUUUGUAUUUCUAUGCCUACGGAGAAAUGCUAUCUGAGUUUAAGA